AUGGGCCUGGGCCUGUACGAGCACUACCCCGUCUUCCGCUCGUCCAUCGAGCAGUGUGACGUCUUCCUGUUCAAGGAACUGGGCUGCCCCUGGUCCGUGGUCGAGGAGCUGGAGCGCGACGCAGACUCCUCCUCCAACAUCAACCUGCCGCUCUACUCGCAGCCCCUGUGCACCGACAUCCAGGUCGCGCUGGUCGACCUGCUCAAGUCCUGGGACCUGGCCCCCGCGUCCGUCAUCGGCCACUUCUCCGGUGAGAUUGCAGCCGCGUACUCGGCCGGCGCCAUCACGCGCGACUCGGCCUGGCGCAUCGCCUACCAGCGCGGGGUUGUUUCCGAGAAUCUGGUCGUCGCCUCGACCGCCGCGCCCAGAACCAUGAUGUCAGUGGGCCUGGGCGAGGAGGACGUCGCCGCGUACCUGGAGGGCACCGACGUAACGGUGGCCUGCGUUUAA